AUGUCACCGACUAAGAGUAGCCCAAGGAGACAAUUUCAAACUACUGCUAGCAACACAAAUGAUAACGUCACUCUUUCCUCUCCUUUGAAAAAAACACAAACACUAGCUUCCACAUUAUCCAAAAAGGAUUAUUUUUCCACGAAAUAUGUUGCCUCUUCCUCUUUGGUUGAACCAUCCCUCUACAAACAAAUAGAAAACCCUGAUGUCAACACACAAGCUGCACAAAACACCAAUUUCCUAUCUCAAAACACAAACUCCACGUAUGACUCUAGCAUACCUUCAGAUUAUGAAUGGGAAGAUCCUAGGCCGGAGAGUCCUCUGAAGUAUAAUGAGUUGAUUAGUGAGGACAGUGAUGAUGAUCACGAUCCACUUUAUAAGCCUGACAGUGGGGUGUUGUUUCAUGACAGUGAAGAUGAUGAUCUAAAUUACGAAGGGGAAGAGGGGUUAAAUCUGGAGUUUGAAGAAGGAGAAGAAGAAGAAGAGAAUGUGAUUGAAGGAACAGAUUUUAUUGAAAAUGAAUCUGAUGAGAGUGAUGAUGAGCUAAGAGUAGCUAGGGAAAGGGUUAAAUUUUGCAAUGUUCGGUUGCUUGAAAUAGCCAAUCAGGUGGAAAGGGAGGCCAAAGAGGGUAAGCUCGGGGCACAAUCUUCACAACCUACAGAAACAACACCUUCACAAUCUGGUUAUUUAAGUGAAUACGAAGACAGUGAAGAUGAUAUUCAUACUCCUCCUGAUAGUGGAGAUGAGUUUCAGGAGAGAAGAAAGGGAAAUAGGGGUUCACUUGUGAGUUCAAACACCGAUUUCUCAGUGUUUAAGUGGAAGGUUGGUCAGAGAUUUCCAAAUAGGGGUGAAUUUAAGGCGGCAGUGGCUAAGUACGGCAUUGUUCAAGGGAGAAAUGUGUACUUUGUUCUGAGCAACAAGAACAGGAGGGAAGAGUUAGGGGUUAAGUGUAUAAAGGGGUGUCCUUUUUACCUAUAUGGUUCUUGGCACUCUAAGUUAGGUACUUUUUUAGUUAAGAGGGUCAAGGAAAACCACACUUGUCAUAGAAACAUGAAAAGAAAUAGACAACUUAAAUCAUCUUGGGUUGCACGGGAAAUGUUAGAAGUGUUCAAAGCAAGGCCUCAUUGGCCUGCUAAGGAGAUCAUGGAGGCAGUUAGGAUAGCCUAUAAGGCCUUGAUUAAGAGACAUUUUGCCUAUCGAGUGAAGUAUCGUGCUCACCAGUUACUUCACGGUUCAAUGAAAGAACAUUAUUUGAAGGUGGGGAGGUACAUGGAAGCUAUAAAGGCAUCAAGCCCUGGUAAUGUGAUGGAGCUAAGGGUAGAUAAGACCAAAAAGGUCGAUCCUCCAACUUUUCAGAGGUUUUUUGUUUGUUUUGAUGGACUAAAACAAGGGUGGAAGGAAGGUUGUAGGAAGGUCAUUUGUGUAGAUGCUGCCUUUCUUAAAACGUUCUUGGGUGGUCAGAUAUUGAGUGCAGUUGGGAGGGACGGCAAUGAUCAGAUGUAUCCCAUUGCAUGGGCUGCAGUUGAAGGUGAGAACAACUUAUCAUGGGAGUGGUUCUUCACUCAUCUUCAAUCAUGUCUUGACCUGGGAGAUGGGACUGACAUUGCGAUGAUAUCGGAUGAGCAUCAGGCUAUAUUGCAUGCUGUUUCUACUAUACUGCCAAAAGCCGAACACAGACAUUGUGCGAGGCACAUUUUUGCAUUAUGGCACAAAACUUAUAAGGGGGAUGAGUUUAAGCUAGUUUUUUGGAAGGUGGCUAAGGCUUAUAACAUGGCUGAUUACAACGAGGCAUUGGAUGAGUUGACUACAUUAAGUGAGGAUGCUGCUACUGCUUUCAAAUCAUAUAACCCAAAAGUUUUUUGUAGAGCAUACUUGAAUAGUUCCAUUAAAACUGAUGCUAUAACAAAUAACAUGGCCGAGACCUUUAAUGGGUAUAUCAUUAAUGCAAGGACAAAACACCUCAUUUAUAUGUUAGAGGACAUUAGGGUUGCUUUAAUGCAAAGAUUAGUUUGUAAAAAGAAAGGAAUUCAGAAAACCCCUUCUCUUCUUUGCCCUAGAAUCCAAGCCAAAUUAGAGAAAGAGAAGACAAAAGCAGCAAACUGCGAGGUUUUACCAUCUACAGAUAACUUGUUUAACGUGAGGUAUUACCUAGACCAACUGAAUGUGGACUUGGAUGCUAAAAGUUGCACUUGUAGGAAAUGGGACAUGUUAGGUAUACCAUGUUGCCAUGCUAUUGCUUGCAUUUUCUUCUUAAACAAGGAAGCAGAGUCCUUUGUUGAUGCCUCUUACAAAAAGGAGAUGUAUUUGAAGGCUUAUGGUGGAUCAAUACCACCUUUGGAGGGGGAACGACAUUGGCCUAGGGCACUGUGCAUCAUAGACCCCCCGCCAAUCAAAAUAGGUCCUGGUAGGCCUAGGAUAAAACGGUUCAAAGGCCCUAGUGAAAACCCCAAGAAACCGGGAACUUUGUCAAGAGUUGGUAUGGAGAUGACUUGUAGUAUUUGUCAAACGAAAGGCCAUAAUAAGAGGAGGUGUCCAAAUAGAGAUAAUCCCGUUAUUAGGGAGCCAACAUCUAAAAGACCAAGAGGGAGGCCUAAGAAAGAUAAUUCAGCAACGAACAACCAAUCUGCAUCAAACAUGAUUUCAACGACAGUAACUGCCCAACCAUCUCAACUUGGAAGGAAUGGUAGACUGAUUCUAGGUGGAUUGGGUGCUAGAGAUGGCUCUCAAAUAGUUGGAAAGGGAAGAGGCUCACGUGGAAGGGGUCAAGGUGAUGAUGUUGGUGCAUUCGGAAGAGGCUCGAGUGGAAGGGGCCAAGGUGGUGGUUGUGCUGCAACUGGAAGGGGCAAAGGUAAAGGGAGAGGAAGGGGGAAGGGUAAAAACCAGGUGCCUGUAGGAGUUGGGGUCUACAUUGGUGCUGAUGGUACACCAUUCUCAAAUGUAAGUUGAUAAUCCUAGCUGCAGUGGAACCGCAAGGGUGCUAAAUGAGGCCCCUUUAAUUGGAACACGAGCAAGUCAAACGUAC